AUGGCUAAGGCGAGUAUUUCAGUAGAUCAGGACCAGUUCAUCUGUUCAGUGUGUCUUGAUCUCCUGAAUGAUCCGGUAACUAUCCCCUGUGGUCACAGUUUCUGUACUGUGUGUAUUAAUGACUGCUGGGAUCAGGAGGAUCAGAAGGACGUCUACAGCUGUCCUCAGUGCAGAGACACUUUCACACCAAGGCCUGUUCUACGCAGAAACAACAUGCUGGCUGAAGUGGUGGAGAAACUGAAGAAGACUGAAGUCCAAGCUGCUUCUCCUGAUCACUGUUACGCUGGACCUGGAGAUGUGGAGUGUGAUUUCUGCACCGGGAGAAAACACAAAGCCGUCAAGUCCUGUCUGGUGUGUGUGGCUUCAUUUUGUGAAACUCAUCUCAAACCUCACUAUCUAUCUCAUGCUUUUAUAAAACACACUUUAACUGAAGCCUCAACAAAACUACACAAGAAGAUCUGCUCUAAACACGACAAGCUGAUGGAGAUCUUCUGUCGUACAGAUCAAACCUGCAUCUGUUAUCUGUGUACGAUGGAUAAACACAGAGGACACGACACCGUCACAGCCGCAGCAGGAAGAGUUGAGAAACAGCAUGAGCUAAAGAAAGAACAGAUGAAAUUCCAGCAGAGACUCCAGGAGAAGCAGAAGAAGGUGCAGGAGCUGAAACAGACUGUGAACACUAUAAAGCUCAGUGCACAGACAGCAGUGGAGGACAAUGAGAGGAUCUUUACUGAGCUGAUCAGCUCCAUGGAGAAAAAGCGCUCGGAGGUGACGGAGAUGAUCAGAGCUCAGGAGAAGGCUGAACUGAGUCGAACUGAACGACUCCUGGAGCAACUGGAGCAGGAGAUUGAUGAUCUUCAGAGGAGAGUCACUGAGAUGGAGAAGCUUUCACACACACACGAUCACAUCCAUUUCCUCCAGGCUUUAGCUUCUGGACCUCAGUCUCCUCUAUUAAACAAACCAGAUUUUGACACGUCCAGCAUCAGUGUCCCUCAACAUCUGUCAUUUGAUGGAGUGAAGAAUUCUCUCUCAGAUCUGAAGAAGAGACUGGAGGAAUUUUGUGAGGAGGAAUUCAACAAAAUCCCUCCACAUGCUGCAGCAAUGGAGAAGACAAUUUCACCACCAGAGCCAGAAAGCAGAGAAGAUUUUAUGAAAUAUUUCUGUUCUCUGACUCUGGAUCCCAACACGGCAAAUUGUAACAUUAGGCUGGGUAAGAAGAACAGAGCGGUGAGAUACAGUAUGAAAAAGAUGACAUACUCUUAUGAUCCAGAGAGAUUUGAUUGCUUUGCUCAGGUGUUGUGUAAGGAGAGUUUGUGUGGACGCUGUUACUGGGAAGUGGAGUGGAGCGGUGAUGGAGGUGUGUACAUAUCGGUCUCGUAUAAAGACAUCAGCAGGAAAGGACGGGGUGAUGAGUGUGUGUUUGGACGCAACAAAAAUUCCUGGUGUCUGUAUUGUUCUUCUUCUUCUCUCUCUUUCUAUCAUAACAACAUUAAGACUGAGCUCAGAGUUCCAUCAUCCUCCAGAAUAGGAGUGUAUGUGGAUCACAGUGCAGGAACUCUGUCCUUCUACAGCGUCACUCACACGGUGAGACCUGUCCACAGAGUCCACACCACAUUCACUCAGCCUCUAUAUGCUGGGUUCUGGGCUGGUAUUUCAUCAGCUCUGAGGUUGUAUGAUCCACAAUAACAAGUCUGUUGUGUUUCAUGGUUAGUAACCUGAUGAUAUAAAUUGAUGUAUGUUUCUUGAUCACCGAUCAUCACUGUGGUGAAAUUAUAACAAUAAGUCAUUAAAACACUGGGUUUGGAAUCUGUCUCGGAUUAUAACUCAUGCUAUAUAACGUAACAUAAUAA